AUGAUGAGAAAAGUUGAUAAACCGAAUUUGAUAUUUCGGAAAGCGAAAAUGGCGAGAAAAAGUGUUGAAAAAUAUGCAGCAAAAAAAAUUUCCGUUCCUGAAAUCGCCGGUGUUGCACUAUUCGGAAUUCAUUCGGUUCUAGAAGCAUUGAGAGCGAAUCGGAGAGAAUUCCAUAAAGUUUACGUGAAGAAGAAUAUUGAAAAACGAGCAGAUUCUGAUCCACGAAUUGCCGAAAUUCUCAGAAAAUGCGAUGAAUUGAAUGUGGUGAAUGAGUUUUUGAGCGAUGAUCAACUCGAUAGACUCACAGAAUUUCAGUUACACAACGGAUUUUGUAUGGAUGCUUCUAGCCUCAAAUUCCAAGACUAUGAGCCGAAACAACUUUCGGUGUUCAUUGAUCGAGUGCUGGAUCCAAGGAAUGUUGGUGCAAUCGGUCGAUCAAGCUGGUUUUUUGGAGCUGACGGGAUUUCCUACGCUAAAGGGCAAGGACCUAAAUCGAUAACACCAUCAAUGAGCAAAUCAUCAUGUGGAGCUCUCGAACAUUUGCCAGUUCAGCGUGUCAAAGAUUUCUUCGAAUUUCGUGAGAACGUGAAGGAUGCCGGUGGAGAAAUCGUUGCCACUUGCGAUCCCCAAUCAGCAUUAAAAAUUGGUCUCAAAGCGAAAACGAUUCGCGAAUGGCAACCUCACAGAAAUGUUGCAAUUGUAUUAGGAGACGAGGGAAUUGGGAUCAACGAGAAGAUUUUAGACCUUUGCGAUACAGUUGUAUCGAUAUCGCCGGCAAGACCUGAUAUUUCGAAUGUUACCUCGCUAAAUGUUUCAGUAGUCGCCGUCAUAUUAAUUGGAGCAGCAGAAGCAGCUGGCGAAUUGUGUUCGAAUGGCGCAAAACCUGGAGAUUCAUGUCAACUGAUUCCUUCGAGUGGCUAUGAAUGUAAAGGAAAUUCUUCGGCGGCAAAACGCUGGUGCGAAAAUUUCAACGGAACUCAUAAAUGCUGUGAAAAGGCGGUUUCAGUUUGUGCUGACAAAAGCUCACAUUGUAGACUGACGAAACAUUUGUGUGAAAGUAAAGCGAGUUUCAAAUUAAUGAAAUCGAAAUGCGAGUAUACAUGUGGAUUCUGCAACUUAUCGACAUUUGAAGAAGCUCAACUAACGCGCAAUCAAAGCUUCGGGCUUUUCCAGGAAUGCGAAGAUCCACGAAAAUGUGUGUUUCCGAGUAAAAAGCUCGAAUUCAAUGAGACAAUUGCGGUCAAUUUGGAAUCUAAUACGACGAGAGUGGAAUCGAUUAAAAAAGAAUUCAACACCACUACGCCAAAAGAUGCAAUUACCACUCGAAGCUCUCCCUUAACCUCCUCUGCGACAACUUACGAUCCGAAUGAGUCCUUGAAGACACUUGCCACACGAAAGAGAGAAGAAGAGAAAUUGAAUAUCACAACGACAUCGUCUUAUGAAGCUCGGAAAGUGAAGCUGGAAGAGCUGAUGACAACAACGGAUCGUCUUCCGGUUAUCACAACCGCCGAAUCGACGAGCUCGCUGGCAACAUCGCUAUCGAAGACAGUGAUUCGCGGGACUUGCUUCGACGAAUACAUCUAUUGUCGCGAAUUCUCGGCGCUUUGCUCGCAUCCAGCAUUUUCCGAUGUGAUGGCCUCGCAUUGCUCGUUGACAUGUGGAAGGUGCGAUGAGAUCGAGCGCAUCGAGACAGGCAAAGAAGAUUGCGCCGAUAUUACACUAGAAUGUGCAUCGUACACUGAUUUGUGCACAAAUUCGAAAUACAAAGUGCUCAUGCAAAAGUAUUGCCCGAGAUCGUGCGGCCACUGUAUUCCAAUGUGUCGUGAUAGACAUAAGAAUUGCAAACAAUUCGCUGAAGACGGAUUCUGCGAAGAUCAAAUGUACACAAAGGAUGAGAUCCAGUAUCUCUGCGGUGCCACGUGUAAACUAUGCUGA